ACUAGAUUCAUUUUCUUCCUUCUUCCUCCCCCUUUAUUAUUAUUAUUUUCUCUCUUUCUCAUUUUACUUAUUUUAAUAUAUGCACGAUAAUAUUCAAAUGUCAGAAUCAUCAAAAUUAAAACGGUUAUGGAGAAAGAGAAUAAGUCAACAAUUGGGUGGACUCCAUUUGUUAAAUACUUGUAUAUCAUCUCUGACAGUUGAUAGUCAAGAAACAGAUGAUGAUGAUGAUGAGCGACAGCCAUUAAAGCAUUCUAUUCAACAAUCAACAGAACCUAUUAAAAAGUUAUGGAGAAAACCAUUACCGAAUGAUUGUCCUCAAUUCGAUUUUUCAAUAAGUGAAAAGACGUUAUUUACCGAAAUAACUGACUUUGAUAAUGUCUCAUUCAACAAUGAUAAUAGCACAAUACCGCCUGUCGUCAUUAGUCAUAGAUCUAACCAUUUACCAAUGAUACCACCACCCAUAAGAUCAUCAUCAUCAUUAAUAGAGAAAACUGAAAUACCAACAAGAUAUGAAAGUAGACAUUAUAAAAAUGUACCCUCUAUUGAAGCUAGAUUAGAGAAUGUAUGUAAAAAUGAAAAGGCAAUUCUACUAACUAAACUACUUGAAAAGCAACGUCAUAAACAGCUUGCAGUCUCUAUUUUGUAAUAUAACAAUUGCUAAUUAUCAUCAUCAUCUCUCUCUCUCUCUUAUUUUUAUUUUUUUGUUUAUAUAUCAAGAUUCCAAUUAUACAUAUAACUAUCCCCUCUUCUUUUUUUUUCCUUUUACAAAUUGUACAAUGAAUACCUAUAUAUUAUUAUAAAAUAAAUAUAACAUGUAUAUAUAAAA